UUGGACAAGAAUCAUCAAUUUAUGUAAUAAUGAUAGUUAAACCAUAGUAAUACAUCAAUAGACCUAGUGAGUUACUUCAUGUAUAGGGGAAUAGUUAUAAAAACAUAAAAGUUAUGAAUUACAAUGCGACGGGAACACCACAAUAUGAGCUUGUUACUAAAAACAUUGUUUUGGAAAAAUAGUAAAAACAUAUCAUUGCCCAAGUAUGGUAGCAUAUGACAAAAACUCAGGAAAUCAUAGAAACCGAAUGACCAGAAUGUGAAAGAGAAAAGGUGGAAACUAAACAAUCAACAUAAACUUUUAUUCCUAUUAUUCCUGUGUUCAAUGUGGAAACAAUGGAUUUACCAUUUGGUAUACCACAUGAAGGAAUGGAUGUGGUAACCAAAACACUUGAUGAAAUAUCUGGAGCACCAAAUAUGACAAUGGAAGAAUGACAAUGGAUAUCUCAUAGAUAAUGAAAAAUUAUAUGAAACAACAAUUUAUUCUGAUAAUAUACAUCUUGCUACAUCAAGCUUUGGACCUUUCCUCGAAAGAACACCGUGAUUGAGCGUGGGAACCGAACGACGAUGAGAAAUCUACCAACUUGAUAAAUACUAAUUUAUUACAUAAAAUGAUCACUUUAUAUGUAAUAUCUUUAAGUAGCUGGCAUUAAUUUAUGCAAAAGGAAGUCUCGAGAAAUUGACGUAAACGUAAAUCAAAAAUUUAUAACUGUGUGUUGGAACACCAAUAGGGAUGGCAACUGAAGUCUUGUACACUCCACAAGACUACCCAGCUGCGGCAGCAUGGAGCACAAUAAUUUUUGGUAGCUUGGUCGUCAUCUGUGCCAUUAUCCUCAACACAAUCAACAUUAUAUGCAUCGCCUCCACCAAAGCCUUCCACACCAUUCCUUACAUGUUCUUGCUUCUCCUUAGCAUCAACGACAUCAUUUUCUGUGUGUGGUCUGGUGUGUUCAUAAUCGGAGCCGAUAUCGCCAGAAGUUGGGUCUUUGGGGACGUAUUAUGUCAGAUGUAUGUCACAAUCCAAAAUACAUUGAUCGGUUUUGAGAUGUUUUUAUUGAUGUUUCUGACAUUCAGUCGUUACUUCUUGGUUGUUCAUAAAAAAAUCUACAGGAAAAUCUUCAACAAGAGAUGCAUCACUGGCAUGCUUAUAUUCACCUGGCUAUUUGCCAUUGGUUGGCAGUUGGCAGCUGUAUUUAAGAUAUGGGGAUGUUUUAGAUACAACCCUCACAAGAAUUUAUGUAGCUUUUAUGAUGUUGGUGACUACUUUAACCUCAUGUCAAUGAUCAUGACGUUCAUAGUACCUCUGAUGUGUAUCUUGUUUUGCUACAUACAGAUAUUCCGUCUUGUCAGCCAUCAAAAGCGACAGUUGAAAAGCCAUGCUGUCAAAGAAGCUGAAUUACCAACAGAAUCAUCGAGGCUUCAAAAUCUUCAGAAAGAGAAACAUGGGAAAGAAUUAAAACUUACUAAAACUAUGGUUGCUAUAGUGAUUAUGUAUUGUUUGUCAUAUUUUCCAUUCAUGGUGUUGAUGAUCGCUGACAAGGAUGUGAAUUAUCCAGUGUUGUAUAAAAUCGCCACGGUGAUGAUAUGGUCAUUCUCAUGUUGGAACACGAUUGUAUUGAUCGUAAUGAAUGAACAAUUUAGACAAGUUUGUUUUCAGAAAAUAGCUCUGCUCAAAUGUUGUGAGAAACACAAUACUGUUGAGCCAUUCACAAAUGGGACAACAUAAUGUGAACUAAAUGUUUAUAAAUUUCCUUCACAUUGGUGGAUAUGUGCUUGCCCCCUCCUGCCAUUUGUAGUAGAAAGGCUAUGGUGACCCUAUGGGCUUCAUAUGUUGUAUUCAGUUUGAACCAUAGCUUUUCUGUCUUCACAAAUUCAAAAUAGCCAUACGGCUGCUGUAGGAGAUGACACUGCUAAAGCGUCUGACCAUGGAAUUUCCACAGCAGCUUAAGAAAUGUCGUACAAAUAGUAGAUUGUGUGGUCGCUGUUGCAAAUAUGACUGAG